AUGACCAAAUCCUCAGCAGGGAUGGAAUUCUUCCUCAUGACAUUCUUUGACACUAGAGAGCUCCAGGUUUUACAUGGCUUUCUGUUUUUGCUCAUUUACUUGGUGUCUUUUAUGGGAAAUCUUCUCAUUAUUGUCCUGAUCACUCUGGAUAAGUGUCUUCACACCCCCAUGUACUUCUUCCUGAAGAACUUAUCACUUUUUGAUGCCUGUCUCAUUUCCAUCACACUUCCAAAAUUUAUCCUGAACUCUUUAUCCCACAGAAACUCGAUUUCUUUCUCAGGAUGCAUAUUACAGGUGUUGUUGGUGAUCCACUUUGCUGGAUCUGAGCUUUUCCUUUUAACUGCCAUGUCUUAUGACCGCUAUGUGGCCAUCUGCCACCCACUGCGCUAUGAUGUCAUCAUGAGCAGGAAAGUUUGUAUGAGUAUGACAGCUGCCUCCUGGUUUCUUGGGAGUAUAUUUGGGGCCUUAUACUCAUCUGGUACUUUCUCUUUAUCUUUCUGUGGCUCCAGAAAAGUUCCUCAGUUUUUCUGUGAUGUCCCCUGCCUACUGAAGAUCUCUUGCUCGAAGUCUCAUGUUACCAUAAGUAUUAGUGAGACAAUUGGGGUAUUAUAUGCACUUUCAUGUUUAGUGUCCAUUGGAUUUUCAUAUAUUUACAUUUUCAAUACAGUGCUGAGAAUGCCAUCAUUACAAGGGUGGUCAAAAGCCUUUUCCACUUGUAUGCCCCAUCUCAUAGCUGUAACAACAUUUAUUGUGACAGGCACUAUUGCCUAUCUGAAGCCAGUCCCUGAUUAUCCACAUCUUGUGGACUUUUUGGUUUCUGUGUUCUAUUCUGUCCUGCCUCCUUCUUUGAACCCCAUAAUAUACAGCCUAAGGAACAAGGAAAUAAAGGCAGCUGUGAAGAAAUUUCUAUGGAAACUAAGUCAUAAUUUCUAUGGGGAAAGAUAA